AUGGUUCACCGGCCGGCGGACUCGCGACUGCUCAGCAACCUCCUCAGCCACGAGAAGGACUACUCAAAACAUUUCUCCAUCCUCCUCGACCAUUCCCAUGCCUCUCUCGCCUCCUUCUCCGCCUACGCGAGCGCGUCAGCCCCCCCAAUCUCGCAGGUGAUCAUCGCUGUCGCGGGCUCUCUCGCAGGCGCGGACGACGCGCUCAGAAGUUAUGCCGCUGCCGUGGAGCAAUGGCAGGAGCAGCUCAAAGCGUUGAAGAACAUGGAGGACGACGUCGCGAAUAUCAUGCGAGACCGGGAGAUCCUCGUAACGCGGCUCAUCAAGGCGUCCAAGUCUCCCCAGAAGUCUACGAGAGACUCCAUCGCACCCUCUCCGUCCGGAUCCUCCCUCAGCAUCUCAAAGUCCGAGGUCCAGGUUGGAUCCAAACUCUCCGCCGCCCAAGCGCAAUUGCAAGCAUGCGAGGCCCACCUCGCCGCUAAGGAGCAGGAGCUCAGUGCCUUCCGCGUGCACGCCAUCAGGUCAGGCCUUCAUGCACGCUGUAAGGCUAUGGUCGAGUGCGGCUGGGCUUGGGGCGAGAUGGGCAAGGAGGGCAUGCGCGCAUUAGAGAGCUUGGAUAUGGCUAAUGGGCACGGCAGCCCUUCGAUGCACCCAGACUUCCAGCAGCGCCUGAACGGCAACGAUAAGUCGACAUCAUCUGACGUUUCCUCUAUAGCACCCUCGCAAUCCGCAUCCCAGAUCGGCUUCCACUCGUCGCCCGCUCUCACCGACUCCACAUGGCGCGCUCCCUCAUCCCCACCCCUGUUCCCGUCGACCUUACCUCAGUCAUACACACUCUCAAUACCACCCGCGCAUUCGAUAUCAGAGUAUGCCGUGCCAAACGGCACAGCUCACCCAGCGACCAUCAUUGAGGAAGGAGGCGGGAGCAGUGAGGAGGAAGGCGAGGACCCCGACAGUGUUCCGGUCGAAGUGCACGAAAACCCACUGUUUACGAAGGGCAAGGGCAAGGGGAAGGCACCCGCGUCGCCCAUCCCCUCGCGCCACGUCUCUUUCUCCAUUCGCAAGCAUAGCGAGACGAAUAUCCCGGCUGCAUCCUCGUUCCGCAGCGAGUCCCCGACCAAGAGGCGCGGGGUCCUCGGUAGCCUGGCCGCGCUUUUCCACGUCGGGAGUUCGCGGUCUUCGGACGUGGGUGCGCCUUCGAGCGCUUCUCCGUCGAAGGCGGACAGCGCCUGGCGCACGCGGAUCGACAAGCACCUCGCGUCCGCACAGCGUGGCGACAGUUCGGACGACGAGCAGCUGUCGCACCCCUAUUCCAUGCACGCUAGCUCGUCCACGAAGGGCCUGCAGCCCGACGGGGAGAUGGCGAGGCUCAAGAAGCGUUCGAAGCGCGGCUCCGUCCAGACACAGGGAUCCUCGCGGAUGGCGUUGCCAGACAAGGGAUACAUGAGCGACACUGUCACCGAGUCGAUGAGCAAAGCCGCGCGUACAAAGCCCCAGCGGAAGCGCUCGGUCUCGAAGCCGCCGACCAUCGAGGGAGUACGUUCCCUGAGGCCACAGGACGAGGCGGGACCCUCCUCGGGCAGUCGGCUGAAGAAGUCGCCUGCGGUCAACAAUGUCUUCGCAGCCGAGGGCUUGGGCUCGGCGUCGCUGUCCCGCAACUCCUCGAUCUCCAAGCAGUCAGUCACGAGCACGGCGAGCGCGCCCGCACGGACGUCUCCUGCGGCGCACGGGCGCGCGAAGACCGACCCGGCACGCAGGCGGACGACGUCGCUGGACGUGCAGCCGUCCAAACCGGGGCCCAGCCACAAGCGCACGGCCUCGGCGUCGACGAGCACGGGGGCGGCGCCGUCCGCAGCCGGAUCGCAGCUCACGAACGCGAACGGGCAGCCGAGUCUCAUGAGCAUCGUCGAGGGCAUCUCGCGCCUGAACAAAGAGGCGGCGCUCAAGCAGAACCCGAACCACCUGCUCGUCGUCCCCAAAGCCCCUGGGCGCAUCAACGUCGCCUACAGCGACAGCCUGGGCGAGCUGCCUGUCAUCAGGACGACCCCGCCGCAACCGCAGCCCGAGGCACGGGCGCAGGCGCAGGCCAACGGCGGCUCCCCCAGUCCGCGGCCGCGGCUGAAAAGGGCGGGCCAGCAGGAGAAGCCGGAGGAGAACAACUACAGGAACUCGUUGCUGCUGUCCGCAACCGUGUCUGCCCCGACGCUGCCCCUGUCUGGGUCGACGUCGGUGACAGCCGCUGGGGCCAUAAAUCAGGCGCGGGCGGAGGCGUCGUCGAAGCCGCUCCCGGGCAGCCCGAAGAUGCCCCUGCGGUCUGCGCUGCGGAACGCGAGUCGCUCGCCGUCGCCCAACACGGCCGUCAGGACGUCGCCCGAUAGGGCGCGGCCUCAGGAUACGACUGCAGCCAACGCUAGCCCAGCGCAGCAGACCGGACCGUCGACGAGCAAGCCCGCACAGACAUACCCAGCGCCCGCACCUCCCAGUGCAGAGCGCCCGACCAUGAACCGCCGCGAAAGCGACAUAUCGUCGAUCUCGUCGUACGAGACCGGCCGCGAGGUCUUCGUCGGCUCCGACACGGAAGGCGACGACUCGCCUGCCCUCCCUCCCAUCCCGAUGCUCGUGCCCGGAUCCGUGUCCGCACCAGGACCAGGACCAGAGCCCACGCCGAACGGACACGCGGACGCGCACCAGCAGGACGGCAGCGAGCUCUCGCGCUCGACCGCGUCUACUAGCGUGCGGAUGUCGCUGCCGCCCACGUUCUCGGCGACGCCGCCCGCGAUCGAGGACACGGACGAGGAGGCACCGCAGAGCAGCCACGCGCCGUGGUCCCCGCCGCAGCGGAGCGUGCAGCGGGGCGGAGGCGGGUGGGGGUCGAAGAUCGAGGAGGCUGGGGCGAGGGACCUGUGGGCGGACAGCGACGAGGAGGACGCGGAGUAUAGCGCGGCGAAGAGGCUGCUGGCGAAGGUGGGCGGGAAGAGGUGAGGUGAGGGCCCUGCGGUCGGUGAAGGAUGGUUCCGCGUUUAUUCGGGUUCGCCCCAGAUCUCUGGUGUGUCUCUCUACAUCUUUCUUCAUUCAUGUGAGGGUCUGUUUGCGUAGCGUGGUUUUGUUUGUUCCACUUCAUUCCCUCAAACACGAUAUCCUAUCAAUUAUCUCUAGCCCAAGUAGUGUAUGUGACCUGUUCUUUAGAUUACUAGUGGAUCUUUGUAAUGAUACCAUGGCCUCGUAUGUCCCC